UUUAAAUGCCUUGUCAGAGUAAAACAGCUGUUUCUUUAGGACAGUCACCAUAAUAAAAACCAGAAAAGAAAGUAACUUUUUAAAAAAACUUAACAAUCCCAAAGAUGAAGUAUAUGUGGCAGAUUUUUGCAAUAUUUUAUGGAGCAUAUGGCUAUCAGCUCAUUCCCAGGAUUAAAGAAUGUGGAGUCACUUGUUCACAGGGAUUUCAUUGCAAAGAUCAAUUUUCUACCACGAACAGUUUCUGCCAACCUGCGCCUGCCUCCGUUUCUCCAGUCAAUCUUAAAAACAUGAAGCUUGGGACUACAAUGAAGUGUGACGAUCACAGGCAUUGCUCUCUCCACUUAAGCGUCAAGGCAAACCUGCAACUUAAUGAAAAUACUUCUGGUGUUCGAAUUUGUUAUUUCCUGAUGGUUACUCAAAAAACAAAGUGUGUGGAGGUGAAGAUUUCCAGGGGGCAAAAUGCCCAUCCUGAGGGAAAUAAGGUGAAAAUACAAUUUAAUUGCUUUGAAGUCAGUGUGGGACAACAUCUCUACGUAACCAUGACAGCAAUUCCAAAUUAUUGUGGAGUUAAACAAACUCAAGAAUAUUAUGUUGAAGACUGCAGAAACAAUGAUGUGGGGAAAAACAUUCCAGAUUGUUUUGUGAGCAAAAUGGCUUAUAAUGUGGACAGAACCAGAAAAACCAUUUCGGUGAAUAUUUCAGAUGUCCAAAACACAGACUGUUAUGUCCGUUUAUGUCAUCAAAGAUUUGUUUGUGAAGAUGUGGGGCCUGUCACUUUGAUUCAGGGAAAGGAUGUGAUGAAAUCUGCUUCUUUGCAAUACACUCAACUGCUGCCUUGUCUGUGUAUUGAGGUGUGGCCGGCGAUUUUAGAUGCACGAAGAAUGCAGCUGUGCCCAUUCAAAAAUGAUACUAGGUCCCUGUGGGAUAAUAUUGUUUAUCAACCUGCCACACAAACACUGACUUGGGAAGCUGCCUGUCCUGUUCAUGUUACUGUCAGCCUUUGUCAACUGAUGAAGAUUAAUGAUCAGUGUGUUGAUCUAGAGGGCACUGUCAACAUUGCUACAGAGAAAGUGAAAUAUUCCCGAGUUGAUACGCAUCCAAGUCUUUGCAUCAAGUUUGCAACUGAGCACAACAUCUGGGUUAAAUGCCCAUUCAGUCAUGGACAAUUUCAAGCUUGGAAAAUGCGACUUGCUGUGAUGGGACAACAAAUAGAAGUUUCUUUCACAUCACAUUUUGAAGCAGAGUUUUCAGUACUUGUAUGUAACAGGACCAACAUGCAUUCAUGCAACUCUACUGGAAGUCCCAAACCCCUUUCAUUGGGUGGAUUAAGUUUACCAUCUGUCAACAUUUCAGGGAAACCAUGUGGCUCAAACAUCUGCAUUAAGGGAUGGAGGACGGAUGUGGAUUAUUCUGUUUCUUCAUACAUCUGUGAUUUACCCUGCAACUCUUCUACUGGGACUCAAGAAUAUUAUGAAUAUUCCUUAAGCAUCCUCUCUCUCAUAGCAUUUCUUGCCAUAUUUCUAAUCAUGUUGGCUCUCCUUGGACACAAACUUUUGUCAGUUAAUUCUAGGAAGACUCAUGAAGAGAAAAGUGUAUUACACAUGAUAACACACAGGUAACACGGUUCUGGAGAAAGAUAUGAAGUAUAUACCUCAUGCUUCUGCCUUGGAUGAAAUAGCACCAUUUGUUUUAUGUAUGAAGAAAAGCAGUCAACUUAGCAGAAUGUUGUCACUUCCUGCAUCUUAACAAGUAAUUGAAAGAUUUCUCUACUGUAAACAAUUACAUGUGGAAAUAAUCCUCAUGUGUGCAGAGGUCUUUGACUUCAGUAACAUAGGAAUAAUUUUUUGUGAGGCAAAUUCCUUACCUUGUGCCCUAUUGUCUCCCUUCCUGAAGUAAUUUGAUAACAAAACAUCUUUCUGUAGACAAUUUGACUUUCUCCUGAGUCAGUGAUGAUGCCCUUUAUAUUUGUGGAACAAAGCCAUGCUCCUACCAACACAAGAGCAGGAAUUGGAACCUGAACAUUUCAUACAUAAUUAACAGUUUUGUUCUCACCCUGUUGAUGACCAAUUCCAUGAAAAUCAUGACAACAACACUAUCAGUGUAGUUCAUGGCAUUUUUAAAGCAUAUAGGAUGAAUCCAUGAUAAAAUAUGCCCUGUAAUGUAAAAAAAAAUCACUGAUCUCUAUGGUUCUUUCUUGUUUUAUGUACUUUUCCCUUUGAAGAUCAUUCCAUUCAGAAUAUUACUUCCUAUCAAGAUAAAUAAAUCUGUCAGAAAAAUAUGUAAGGAAAAAUUAUGUAUAUAUAUUUUAAAUUAAUAGCCUUGUUUAUAAUAUUUUCCAGUUGUUUGUUUUAAAAAACAAGUUUUUAAAAAGUACUGCUAUGGAUAGAAACCUAGCACUUAGACAUGAACUGGAUUUAUAUAACUGGCCGUGACACAAUGUUUUCAGUGUUUAAAGUUCUGGGCACACUUUAGACAGAAUUGAAUUCUAUUGAAUUCUGUGGGACAAGUGUCUGAUUGUAGCUGUUAUAUACAGGUUCUGAAUUGUUACUAAUUAAUGGGAUGCUCCUAUGAACUGUCCAUCAUCUGCUUCCUAGGAUCUAAAGUAGCUUUGUCAGACCAUUUCAAUGUUCAGUGGCAUUAUGGUAGCAUUUUUUGAGACUAACAAAUAUUCUUGAAAAACAUUAAUGUCUGUGACAACAGCUCACUUAAUCAGAUUACCUGAAGUUUAUGCCUCUUAACGUUUUGUUAGUAGGAAAAGGUGCUACCAAACUUCCAAUUUUUGACUACCAUAGACCAGUGUUUCCCAACCUUGGAUGCAUGGAUUUCAACUCCCCAAAUUCCCCAAUGACAAUCCAGGUUGGGGAAUUCUGGGAGUUGAAGUUCAUGUACAUCUUAAAGUUGCUGACGUUGAGAAACACUGCCAUAGAUUAACAUGGAUCUUCUCUUAAAAGAUCCACAGGAAUGCUCCAAUUCCUAUGUGUCCUCUUUUUCCUCCAGCAGUCCUCUUAAAAUCUUUUCACCCUAGUCUCCAUCAAACUCUGAACUAGGGGAGGGCAGUGGCUUAUUGAGUACCUUAAAAAGAUGGAGUUUGGUUAUAUGGUACCAUCUCCAGCUGAGCUACCCUGGCCUAAACUAAGCUUAUGAAUGGGCUAUGUGACCUAUUCAUGUGUGUUUUUUCUUUACAUCCAAAUUAAACCUUGGACUAGGAUUUGACUUUUAGGAUUUUAAAUUAUUGCAGUAAUACGCAAAAAUGUGUUUAUCUUUCUGACAAAACUGUAUUAUUGGUAUUGGCCACAAGGAGAUAUUUGGACCAUGUUUAAAUAACUUUGUAAAGUAUUUAAUAUUUAACAGAAAUCCAAAGGACAUGUGGAACAUUAUUUUAUGUUCCCAAAUGGGUAGCUGUAUAAGUGUUUUGCAGCAAAAGAGACAGCAAGAACAUGUGUUCUUUCGCGUCAAUGUUUUAUAGAUUACUGUCAAUAUUUAUACUUGCAAAGGAAAAUAAUAAAAUACUCUGAACUCUACAAA